AAAAUUAGCAAUCAGUUAUUAUGGUUCAUCAAAACCACCUGCAUCGUGAAGAAGAUAUAGUUUUCCAUCGAAGAACCAAACAUAAGCCCUCAAUGCUUUUUAUCGAAUGUUCUUGUGUUUCUUUUUGAAUCUUGCACAGAAAAUUGUGAUCUUCGAAUCUGUUGCCUUUAGGGUGAAACUAUUCUGAAUGCAAAAGCACAAAUCAUCUGAAGUUGUAAGGAUUUAAAGUUUUAAUUCAGGAGUGAAUCUUGAGCCAAUGAGAGGCAAAUCUGGAUUAGACUGUGUAAAGAGUUGAUGGGAAAUCGUUGUGCAAGAACUUCUUGUUGUAGAAAGUUAUGGUCAUGUAUAUGCUGCUGCAGCAACAACAACAACAACAGUUAUGGUCAAACCCGAAGCCAACACGGGUCCAAAGGAAAGGUCCAUCCGGUAAGCAGAAUCGAGAAAUGGGAAGAAAAGAUCACAGAAGCUAACAACCAUGGCAAGAUCCUGGUGGUGAAUUUCAGCGCGCCAUGGUGUGUACCUUGUAAAAAGAUAGAACCAGUAUUCAGGGACCUUGCUUCUAGAUACCCUUCAAUGAUAUUUGUAACGGUUGAUGUCGAAGAGCUCGCUGAGUUUAGUAAUGAAUGGAAUGUGGAAGCUACACCAACUGUAGUGUUCCUUAAAGAUGGGAGACAAAUGGAUAAACUUGUUGGUGCUGAAACCUCAGAGCUUCAGAAGAAGACAGCUGCAGCUGCUGAUCUCUUUCUCAGAAAACCUUAAACUCUAAAACACAUAACAGAACAGAGUUAGGUUUUUCCAUUGUCUGUCAAAACCAGAAGUUACUUGCGGAUAAAACAAAAUCUUGUCUUUUGGCUGACAAAAACACAAAACAUGAAGAUGAAGAUGAAGAGGAGUUUAGUGAUGAUGAAGGUUUAUUUGCAGUCAUGGCUCUCUUCUUUAGAGCUCAUUUGUGCAGAUGCAUCUUUUCAAAUGGUUCUGAUAUUUUCAACACUAAACGAAGUGCUUCUUGUGCAUAUUUGUUUUAUUAAUCCUUUUACAUUUUAAUGUUAUUUUCUAUAUUACUGUGUGUUCUUCAAUUUGAAAACCUGAACAAACCUGUCAAACACGGUAUAGAAGAAAGUUUAACGUAUUUUUCAAACUCGAAAGGGUUUUGGUCAAUAACCAUAUGCUUUAUGUUGGCA